CGAUCUCCAGCGCGGGCAGUGCUGGCCGCUGUCCCGGGGCGCACGGACGUGGCUCGCGUUUCCUGCGCGCCCAGCUCCCCGCGCUCCUGCCCCGCGCCACCUCCGCCUGCUCCGCGUCGCCCGUUGCCCCCGAUCGGCCCAGAGUAGCCAUGGAGGACGUCACGCUGCACAUCGUGGAGCGCCCGUUCGCGGGGUACCCCGACGCGGCCGAGGCCUCCGAGCCCCCAGCCGGGGGCGCCCCAGCUGCAGAGGAACCGUCGGGGUCCGGCACGGAGGAGCUGAUCAAGGCGGACCAGGUGAACGGCGUGCUAGUGCUCAGCCUCCUGGACAAGAUCAUCGGCGCCGUUGACCAGAUCCAGCUGACCCAGGCGCAGCUGGAGGAGCGGCAGGCGGAGAUGGAGGGCGCGGUGCAGAGCAUCCAGGCCGAGCUGGCCAAGCUGGGCCGUGCACACGCCGCCACGAGCGGCACGGUGGGGAAGCUGCUGGACAAGGUGCGCAAGGUCAGCGUGAACGUCAAGACGGUGCGCGGCAGCCUGGAGCGACAAGCGGGGCAGAUCAAGAAGCUAGAGGCCAAUGAGGCCGAGCUGCUGCGGCGCCGCAACUUCAAAGUCAUGAUCUACCAGCCUGAGAAGAAGCCCAAGGCCCCCCGUGACCCGGCCACACCCAAGACUGUGCCCUUUGACCUCCUGCCUGAGACCGAGCCCUUUGACCCGGAGCCCAAGCGCCCAGUCUUCGAGCAGCUGCCCAGGACGCUGCCUUAUUACCCUGAGCUGGGGAGCAUUUAGGGUCCUCUGGAGCCAUUUGCUGCCCCUGGUGUGUGCUGGGGUAGCUUGGCUUUGGGGUGUCCGCUUUGCUGUGUCCUCCUGCAUGCUAGGUCCCAGUGGGGCUGCCUCUUGGCCCUUGGUUCUGGCCCAGAGUGCCCCGCAUGACUCCCUGAGUGGCCCUCUGUCCCGUGCCGUCCCCAUGACCAGCUCCUUGGAGGGGCGAGGGGUCCACAGGAGGCCUUGCCCCACCUCUCGCGCCAGCCCUAGUGCCCUCUCCGCCCACUCCCCAGAGCCAAGGAAAACAUUUACCCUUGUUUUUUCCAGUUUCUCUGGAAACCAUUUAGCAGAGAUCCGUGUGUUUGCCGGAUCCUGCCCUGGGUGGGGCCCUUGCUGCUGCCAGCAUGCAGGCCAGAAGGGGCCGGGGCCCUGGCCCUGGCCCUGGCCCUGGCCCUGGCCUUGGCCUGCUGCUUCCCCAAGACUUCCCACUGCCCCCUUCUUUGGAGGUACUGGGAUCGAACCCAGGGCCAGGGUGCUGAGCUGUGCCUCCAGCCUUUUUUGAGAUACAGGGUCUUACCAAGCUGCUUGCUGCCCUGGCCAGGAAGGGCUUCAAAUAGAGGUUGUCCUGCCUCAGCCCGAGUGCCCCCUGGAGCACCACAGGCCACUGUGAUAGCCCCUUGUGCCCCACAGUCCACGCUCCCCGGUGGAGAACUAGAGGGCAGCAGAAGGAAGGACCUGCACCUCUGAUGUCCUCGUUUCCCUUGACAACCUAAGGCACAGGUCCCUUCCUCGCUCCCCUGCCCUGCAGCCUCCAUACCACCUGUCCAGUGUGCCCCAGCAGAGGUUGGGGACAGCACACUCUAGGUCAAGAGGUCCCAACCUAGAGUGUGACCCUUGUCCCUGAUAUUUGAAAUGCGUGGUGAGGGCUGG